AUGGGGGAAUCUAUUUAUGAUGUUUUAAAAAAAUUUCCUGAAUGUAAAAACAAUGUAGAUGAAUAUUCUACUAACUGGAGCAGAGGAGAAGGAGGCACAUGGAAAGAAUUAUGUGACGAAAACGGAAAAGAACUUUUAUUAAAUAAAUUAAUACAUGAAGAAAAUAAAUCAAAAAGUAUAUGUACUCAAGCUAUGCGAUAUCUCGUUGAUGUUAAUUCUGCGAUGGGUGGAAGUUUAUAUGAAGCCGGUUUGGAAUAUCUUUAUUAUUGGGUAUAUGAUAUACUACAUAAAAAUGUUCACACAGAUAUAACCCUCCAUGUCGAAGAUGUUUAUAAUGAAUUGUUUCAUUUAUUUAGGGAUAAAUUUAAACGUAUGGAUGAAUCUAACAUAAUCAGAUUAAAUAGUCUUGAAAAUCGGAUUACAAAAAUUGAUUUUCCAAAAUUCAGAGUUAUAUAUGAUAAGUACAAUAAAAUAAUUAGUCAUUCACUUAGUAAUGAUGAGGUUUUUCAAGAAAUACUAGACAUAAUUAUUAAAUAUAACCAAAUAGAAUAUCAAAGUAGUAAAAUUAAUACAUCCACAAUGACAACUCCUUGCAAAAGUAACACAAUAGUUCCUAUUAUGAUUACAUUUAUAGUAACAUAUAAAAGAAAAAGGAUUACAAUUAAAACACAAAUAUUCUUAAUGCAUAUAUUCCUUAUGAGUCAGUUCACGAAAUAUGGUUCAUGGUUUCGACAAGGGAUAUUAUGGAAAAGAAAUCAUUGGGAUAGCCCUGGUGAAGAAAAUAAUAUGUUCGAAAUUCCUGAAAUAUCUAGUAGUUCUUUAAAAGAUAUAAAAUAUAAUAUAUAUUACAAUUAUCCAUAA